UCUCUUCUCCCAGCAACUGAUGAAUGGAGUGGAAGCGGCCAAGCCCCAUUUCUCAUUAUUACUUCAGAAAUAAAAAGCGUUCCACGCGGAGGAACUCCUCGCCGAAGAAACGGCCCCACGGAAGGUGAGCAGUGCAACCAUGCUGAGGUAGCAGCAGCCUGCGGGUCAGGAUGUCUGCUGAAGAAGCAGAGCGUCUGAAUAGGGAGAAGAGGGCGAGAGAGAUCUGCUACGCCACUGAUGAAGACGAAGACAGCGAUGGAGAUGAGGAGGAGGAGGAGGAGUGGAUACCUGACCAGUCUCACAGCGUCCCCUUCAGCGCCGAGAAUGAGGCUCAGGGAGGUGACUCGGCCGCAUGGCAGUGUACCCCUCCUCCAUCUACCUCACCUUCGGGGAUAACGGCGGCCAAUCCUCCACCCUCCCAGCCCGCAUCCAGAUCCCACUCCAGGCCGGCCAGCCAAAGCCCCACCCCUUCCUCCGCCCUGACGGAAACCAAGAAGAGGAGCUCCAAACCAACGCACAUGAGACGCAACAUCAGGAAGUUACUAAGGGAGCAUCAGUUAGAGUCGGUGACUAAAGCCGCCCAGCAGGACGAGUUGGAGAGGAGGCAACGUCUGGACCAACAGAGCAAACAGGAUUUCCCCGUACCACUGCUGCCUGAAUACAUAACUGGUGAUGUGUCAAAGCACGUGUCGUCAUCAGCAGCGUCAACAGCGUCGCAGCCAGAAGUGAAGUCGGGCCGACAGGGAGUGAUCUGCCUGGACUCCAGCAGCGUGGGCAUCAGCGACGACGGCAGCAAGAGUGACGUGCCCACCUCCACCACCGCAGAGCGCUCACACAAAACAGAUGUGAUAGCUCUGAGCUUGGGCGAGGACAACACCACCGUCCACGUCGGCAGCAAAUUCACCACUGAAGAAGAAGAGAGCGAGCUAAGUGGCGCACACGGCAAUGACGCCCUGAACCGACCGGACCCCCAGGGCAGGGUGCUGGUCAACUUGAACCAUCCGGCUGCGGAGAAGGACCUUUUCCUGUUGCCUCAGCUGGCGCGAGCAGUCAAACCUCACCAGAUCGGUGGAAUUCGUUUCCUGUAUGACAACCUGGUGGAGUCGGUGGAGCGGUUCGGCGGCAGCAGCGGAUUCGGCUGCAUCCUCGCUCACAGCAUGGGCCUGGGCAAAACGCUGGAGGUCAUCUCCUUCAUCGACAUCCUGUUACGACACACCCAGGCUCACACCGUUCUCGCCAUCGUACCUGUGAACACGCUGCAGAACUGGCUUUCAGAGUUCAACAUGUGGGUCCCACCCCCAGAGGCGUUGCCUCCAGAUACCGACCCGGGACUGGUUACACCUCGUGCCUUUAAGGUUUACAUCCUCAAUGACGAACACAAGAACACAGCAACCAGGGCCAAGGUAGUGGGGGAUUGGGCUCAGGACGGAGGGGUGCUGCUGAUGGGCUACGAGAUGUACCGUCUCCUGUCGCUGAAGAAGAGCUUUGUGGCUGGGAGGAAGAAGAAGAGCAAGAAAACAACAGGACCUGUCGUCAUCGACCUGGAAAAAGAGGACCGGCAGCAGGAACUGCUCAAAGGGAUCGAGAGAGCCUUGGCCCGGCCUGGUCCAGAUGUGGUGAUAUGUGACGAAGGCCAUCGCAUCAAGAACUGCCACGCCAGCACGUCGCAGGCUCUGAAAAACAUCCAAACCCGGCGACGCGUGGUCCUGACCGGCUAUCCGCUUCAGAACAACCUGAUCGAGUACUGGUGCAUGGUCGACUUUGUCAGACCCGACUUCCUAGGUACAAGGCAGGAGUUCAGCAACAUGUUUGAGCGUCCCAUUCUGAACGGGCAGUGUGUGGACAGCACGCCUCAGGACGUCCAGCUGAUGAGGUACAGGAGCCACGUGCUGCACAGCCUGCUGGAGGGCUUCGUACAGAGGCGUGGUCAGAACGUCCUGAAGGACCAGCUUCCCUCUAAAGAGGAACAUGUGAUCCUGGUGCGUCUGUCUCCCCUGCAGAGGGCACUCUACACCGAGUUCAUGAACCGCUUCAGAGAGGCAGGAAACUCUGGAUGGCUCAGCCUUAACCCACUGAAGGCUUUCUGCGUCUGCUGCAAGAUUUGGAACCAUCCAGACGUGCUGUAUGAGGCCUUACAGAAGGAAAACCUGGCCAGUGACCAGGACUUGGACCUUGAUGACAUCACUUCCACAGGUCUCACCCGAUGUCCAACUGCACCCAAUCAGAAGUCCAAGCCCCUUCAAAACCCCAAUCCCAUUGGUGGACUAAGUCUUAACCAGCUGCAGGAGAAAGCCAAUCAGGUCAUCACUUACGACUGGGCGAGGGACACCCUGUAUGACUACAAGCCCGGCAUCCUGGAGCACUCAGCAAAAAUGGUGCUGCUGUUCCAUCUGAUAGAGGAGAGCGUCAGGAAGGGAGACAAAAUCCUCGUCUUCAGUCAGAGUCUGUCAACACUCACAUUAAUUGAGGAUUUUUUGGCUAAGAAACCAGUGCCUCCAUCGCCCAACACGUCCAGCAGGGACAGACCCAACCAGAACUGGGUCCGCAACCUCAACUACUACAGACUGGAUGGAAGCACAACGGCCUCAGAGAGAGAGAGGCUUAUAAACCAGUUCAACGCUCCGUCCAACACCUCAGCGUGGGUUUUCCUGCUGUCAACUAGGGCUGGUUGUCUGGGCGUAAACCUGAUCGGGGCGAACCGCGUGGUGGUGUUUGACGCCUCCUGGAACCCGUGCCAUGACGCGCAGGCCGUGUGCCGCAUCUACCGCUACGGUCAGAGGAAGCCGUGUUAUAUCUACCGGCUGGUGUCCGACUUCACGCUGGAGAAGAAGAUCUACGACCGCCAGAUCUCUAAACAGGGGAUGUCAGACCGGGUGGUGGAUGACCUGAACCCCGUGCUGUCCUUCACCCGGAGGGAAGUGGAGUCUCUUCUUCACUUUGUGGAGGAGGAGCCGGACCCCUCCCAGGUCCAGCUGCAGCCCCACGACAGCUUGGAGGGCGUCCUCCGGAAGGCUGUGCACCUCUAUCCUCACCAGAUUACUAAGCAACCGUUCCCCCACGAGUCCAUUCUGAUGGACCGCCGGGAGCUGAAGCUGACCAAAGCGGAGAAGAAGGCAGCGAAGAAAGGUUAUGAAGAGGAGAAGAGGGCAUCUGUGCCAUAUACCCGCCCUUCCUACGCUCAUUACUACCCUGCCAGUGACCAGAGCCUCACGAACAUCCCCGCCUUCAGUCAGAGAAACUGGCGUCCACCCCCUUGUUCUGAAGAGAAGCCAGUCGCCAGUGUGCGGCCAGUCAAUUCAACUCCAGUUCCCAUGAUGCCCCGGCAGGCGUCUGCAGGCUCUGCUCCAAGCGACGACUCUUCAGAAUCCAGCAUUGGAGGCUUUCCCAUCAACUGCCUGCAGAAAGCCGGGGUGUUUGUACAGAGGAUCGUCACCACUACUGACAUCGUGAUUCCAGGCACCAAUAGCUCAACAGAUGUGCAGGCUAGGAUCACUGCUGGAGAGAGCAUCCACAUUAUCAGGGGCACCAAAGGGACUUACAUCCGGUCGUCGGAUGGUCGAAUCUUUGCCAUCAGAGCAGCUAAUAAAGCCAAGACUGCAGAGGAGAGCACUGCAGCGCCAUCCAAAGACUCGCAGGCCCUACCAGAGGAAGCUUCAACCAAUGGCAGCAACGGUUGCCUGUCAUCUGACAGGAAGCAGCAGCCACGCCCUCUUUCCCCUGACAGCCCAGAGAUCCUCAGCGAGUUUCCGUGCUACACGGGUGGCACAGGGACUGGCGCCGCCUUCGGAGCUCAGACAGAGAGGGAAGCAGAGAGCGCCAUGAACAGCCUGCCUUCUCCCAAACUGACUCAGACCAACGGCAGUAAUGGGAGCAGUUUUGCUCUUGGAAAUGUGAGCCACCAUGAUGCCUCUGUGACUAAUGUGAUCCAGCCCGCUGUAGCCCAAGACCUGAGAGCAGGCUCCAAACGCAAAGCCUCCACCCUGUCCCCGGAUGAGCAGCCCAGUAAGCAGCCCUCUGCAGGCAAACACUCCUCGGCCCCUCUGGCCACACAAGGCUUCCCCUUCUCUGGGGGCUACGGCCUCCCUCCUCCGGGCCUCAACUCUGCCAUGCUGGGUGGGUCAUUGGGGCACCCGCUCUUCAUGGGGGCAGGCUCGCCUUACUUCCAGCCCCCACACACUCAGCUGAGGGACCCCAGUUACAUGUACCCAGAUCUGUUUGGCUUUGGCGGAGCAAGCACCGUCCCCACCUCCUCUUCCUCCCCCUGCUCCACAACAACCACUGCGACUGCGGUCUCCUCUUCCUCAUCAUCUUCGACCAGUUCAGUCCCUGGAGCCCUGCCGCCGUUCAUGCUGAGCCCCAGCAUGGUGGGCAUGGCCGGGAUGCUCCUGCCAGGCUUCCCUCUCUCUUACAGUCAGUCUCUGGCCAGCCUGUACACGGGGUCGAUGCUCCCCGGUGGGCUGCCGGGUCCAGCCGCCACCCCUGGGCCGGCUGGAGCCAGCUUCCUCUCCCAGUACCCUCCCACUGCUGCCUCCAGUUCCUCCUCAUCGUCUCCUUCCUCCUUCUCCCCUUCAGCACGGUCUGAGGGCCACCGGGGCCCAGUGCUGAUGAAUGGCAGGAAUGACAGCAGUGCCAGCAGCUCGGACGAUGAUGUAAUUGAGGUGAGGGGACAGUGAGGGACAGAUGAUGCGGUUGUUCGAGCGUAAGUUUGAUUCAAUUUAAAAAUCAUCAAAGUGGGAUGACAUCCUGUUUGCUGGGAGGGAAAUGGACAAGAAAUGAAAGACAAUUGUCACUGCUGAAGUGUUUCCUCUAUUUGUCUCUAUUGCCUUUGGAGCAACAGUCUGAGUGGGGAUGAAGACAGACUGGACACAGAGCGACAAAUCUUAAUGCUGGAUUUUAGAAAAUGAAACCUGGGGAGGAAAAGAAGCUCCAGAGGGAAGAAGAAAAUAAAAAUCAGAAGACUUUGGGCUUCCAAGUUACUGUCCAAAACUGGCAUUGAAAUACUAAUCACUGGACUUUGGGCCUGCAGUGAUCACAUAUGGCCACUAGUUGUAGUGUGGAUGUUAGAGACUCUGCAGCUUUGCUAAAUGUGGACUUGUUGCUUUUUUUCAGCUCAUUAAAAAGAUGUUGCUUAUAAAAAAAGUUGCUUAUAAAAAGGGGAGGAGGGUGGUGAUAAUUGAGUUAGCUGGUAGUAGCAUAAGUUAAAUAUCAGUAACGGAGUUGGUAUUGUUUGUCAGUUGUCGAAUAUUGCUGCUAAAUAUUUCUUCAAAUGGUAAAAAGAUCAAACAGAACUUUUAAAAAACAUUGUGAUUGAACUGAAUAAUUCACUGCCUGGACUGGGGUAUUGUACAUUUUUGUUCUUCAAGAAUCAUCAUAAAUUAUUGACGAGGCGGUUGAGGCUUGUUGAGUAUGAAGUUAAAGACAAUUACUGAAUCCUUGAAUUUCUGAUGAAAGAAUGUAUGCUUCAUCAAAUGCCUUUAAACCCGGCCUUUAUUUCAGAAGACUCCUUCUAUUUAGGCAUCAGACAUGGAAAUAACUGGUUCUUCUUUUUUUUCCUUCUUUGUGUUUUAUAUUUGCUUUUCAAAGAAAAACCAUUGCCUAAAAUGAGAAGAACAAAACAAACAAAAUGUGUUCUUGUGACGUGUCCUCCUCGUAGCGGAGAACCAAACAACAGAAAAUGCCUUUUUGCCUCCAUCUUUCUGAAUGUUAACUGUGAGAGAGAGACAGGCGGUCACUGCGGCUCUCUGAAUCUCACCCACAGUCUUACUGUAGCCUAAAAGCGAUGCAAAACACUCACUGAAGCCGAUAUACUGUUUAUGUUCAUACGAGCCCGGCGGAACGAAUCUUGCAAACCCCAGUUUUAGUUACGCUUGUGUCGUUACCGUGUCCGUGAGUCAUGUUCUAAAGGGUUGCAAAAGGAAUCAUUACAAAAUAGAUAUAUACAUAUAUUUAAACUCUUAUUGCUCUGCUGUUUGUAUUUCCCUCUCUGUCUCAUCUCAUUUUGGGAACAGAGGUCAUUGUGAAACCAAAUGUUUUUUUGGAGCGAGACGGUGAAGCUUUGCCAAAAGUGAGAUGUGCAUCAGCACAUCGAAGACCUCCAUCGCAGAGGGCCACGCGUGUCUUAAGAGACCAAAUAGUGUCGAGCAGACUCGCAGCAGCAGGCUCCCUCUACAGCUGCUCUGCAUUGGAAGAGACACAGAGCAGGGAAAGCUUCACGCGACCUUUUGACGUGACCUUUCGAUUAACCAUAAAACCAGCGCACUGCUGCUCCAAUUCAUCCCCUCUGAUCACGUGAACCGUCCACUCUGAACUGCGCUGUUCUCGUGUGGGAAGUCUUCUCUUACAGAAUGGUGAGGAAGGAGCUUUAAAAAAGAAUACAGCCGCUCUUUGGUUGAAAAAGAGCUGCUUUAUACUUAACACAGUUAAGAAUAAAACCUGAUCAUUAAACUUUAACUGAGCUUUAUCUUCCAUGUCAUGUUGAGUUAACUUAUGUCACAUUUUGUGUUCUCUUCUUUUUACAAUGUUUGAAUUUACCAAAUGUAUUUAUUUAUGACGGUGCAUAUUUAUUCUUUGAAAAAUGUUUUCCUUUUUUUUUCUCCCUUAGUUGCUUGUCUUUAUCUUGUUUGUAAUAGUUGUAUUGUCAUAUUACCAUUGUUGUUACGACAGAUGGAAAUGACUCUUUCACUGUUUCCUGUGAUUUCUAUUUUUUUCUUUUUUUUUACAUGAGUAUGAGUAUGACCCAACACAUGUGAACUUGCAUGUUGACCAACCAAUGAGUGCAUAACUGUACACAUUAAAGGCCAGGUUAGCAUCUAUGAGAAGGAUGGAUUCAUAAUUAACAUAUCCCAUAUGUGAUAAGUCUGAUCAGCUCUUUAUUAAGAGAAACCUUAAACAAACUAGAAAAGGACAUCAGGGAUACAUUGAUAAUAACACAACACUGAGCUGUGAGCUUAGAACCCGUUUUCAUCCUAAACUCAGAUUCCUACGUUGGAAUAUCACAAGUGUGUUCACAAUUAGGAUGCAAACCUUUAAGUAUGUAAACGCAUGAGACUUUUGUGUGCAUGUAAACAAAGCUCAAGUAAAGGGUCAGAAACUGAAGCAGUCCAUCUGAAGAGAAAGAAAGUAAUGAUAUCAAGUGUUCUUCUGUCUUUAAAUUCCGUGGUUCAUUACCGUAUCGCCAGAAAAAGUCAAUUUGCGUCGAUUGCAAGCGAGCCAGUUUCCUCAGUUUAAUUGUCUGGUUGUUUGACACGCUGACCGACCGCUCUUUUAUUUCACAGCUUUCUACUUGAAUUACAUAAACAUAUUUAUUUAUACGAACCGCUUCGGUCGGACGAGCCGAGCCAACUGUCUGAAUUCCAUUUUAGCCGAGGAGUAGAUUAAAGCUGCUGUAGUUCAGGAUCGGCUCUUGUUGAAGCCUGUUGUAGAUCAUUUGUGACCUUGGAUUACUUUUAGAUCCUUUUUUUUGUUUUGCUUUUUGAAUUUUGUAAAUAAAAAGAAACAUGUUCUAAAUAA